UCUAGUGCACGAAACAUUUCGUAUUCAAGCAACCUAAUUGACAAUGGACAAUCUCAAGUACUUUACUUGGACUUUUGCAACUAUGCUUUUUCUUGCUAUAUUGUUCCCAACAGCAACAUGUCAUUUGCCACAAUGUUCAUUCCAAGGGAUAGACUUAGAACAAUGCUUGGAUCAAGGCAAAAGUCAAGCUUCUUUUGAUUCUUGUUGUAAUGCACUCAAUCAAGUUAUUCAAGCAGGAUAUUAUUGCUUGUGCGCAAUCUUAGGUUCUUCUACUCCUCUUAUAACAACCUCGCUUGUUCUACCUCUGUCUAACUGUUUCCUUUCAAUACCUCCUUUAACUCAAUGCCAAGCACCUCAAGCAAUGUUUAGUCCAGUACAAGAAACGAAGCCUCCACCAAGCAGACCAGUGCCAGUGUUUUUGCCUCCAAAGGAGCCACCACCAUCACCACUACCAUCUGUGCCAAAGGAUUUGGUGUUGCCCUUACCACCAAACAUGGAUGAUAUUCCAGUUCUAAAUUCAACCCGAGACGACAAAAAUAACCCUUCGAUUCAAUCGCCAGCAAUUCUGGGCAGCCGUCCUGUUCCAGAAUCAAAAAUUCCUAAUAAGGAUGAAAAUUUGACGUCGUUUGGUGGAGAUAAUAAGAAAAUUUUGUUGUAUAGUAGAGUAGUACUCCUGUUGAUCACAGGGUCAACAUUUUAUUUAAUGCUUAUAGUAUGA